UGAUUGGUUGUCGAGAGGCGGGGGGUUGGGGUGUUCUCGGUCGCUUGAGAGGUAUUCGCCGCGGUGAGGAGAACCAUGGGUCAAGCGGUGAAGGUUUUACACCUCUUUAAAACAUUGCACAGGACCAGACAACAGGUUUUUAAAAAUGAUUCUAGAGCAUUAGAAGCAGCCAGAAUAAAGAUAAAUGAAGAGUUCAGAAGUAAUAAAAGUGAAACUUGUCCUAACAAAAUAGAAAAGCUAAUAAAAAUAGGUGCCGAUGUUGAAUUGUUACUCAGAACAUCUGUUAUACAAGGUAUUCAUACAGACCACAGUACACUGAAAUUGAUCCCUAGGAAAGACCUUCUUAUAGAAAAUGUGCCAUAUUAUGAUGCACCAACUCAGAAGCAAUGAAUUUUCUAGGAUGAAAUCGAGUCUUUGUAAUAUUUUCUCUGACCUGGCAUUUUGGCAGUGAAUGAAUUUAAGUAUAGUUUUAUAAUCAAAUUUCAGGUUAGGACAUUGCUUAAAAUGCAGAACAUAGUUAAAAGUGUUUCUAAAGAGCAUUAGAUAAGACAUUUCAUUUUCAUUGAAAAUCAAACUUUAAGAAGUUAAAUAUAUGCUUAGGGAUGUAUAUCAUAUUCAGUUCUCUUUGGCCUUGAUGAGUAUUUUGGUUUUACCAUAACUAUUUGAGAAUGCAGUAUUUUGACAAUUUGGUGGGUUUUCCUCCCAUGUAAAGUGAAUCUGUCAGAUUAAAAUUACUGGCUUAAAAUAAUGUCCCCAAUCAUUAAAUCUGUCAAAAAAUUUCAGUGUGUGCCAACUCUCCAUAGAAGGUGGCUUUUGUUUCCUAAAGCACUGAAAUUGUUUUUGUAGCUAAAAAAUAAUAAUCCAGUUUCCUUUUAAAAAUAGUAUCUUUGUCUUCCUAUAAAAACAUUUUAAAAUUAGUCUUCUAAAGAUAGAUGAAUAAAAUAUCAAAAUUACCUAGGAUCACUGUGUGAAAAAAUAAUUCUAAAUUUUUUAGGAAAUAGUGGCCCUUGAUCAAACUAUAUUCUGUAGCCUUAGUAGGAUUAGCUGUACUUACACCACUAACCCUAACCCUAACCCUAACCCUAACCCUAACCCUAACCCUAAUCCUAACCCUUUUAUUUGUUUUUUUUUUUUGUGACUUUAUUGUGAAUAUGUAGUAUGUGGCUGCAUUCUUUUAAUUUUAACCAGUUAAACUUAAAUGUCUUUUCUUCUUCCUCAUGUCCCAUUCCUGAGAAGAUUGGCAGUAUUACAAAACAGCUUGUCAUUCUACCAUCUAAUGGUAGGAACUCAUAAAAUUGUAUUUAAUGUUCUUCUUGUUUCACUUUUGUUUUGUAUCUUUACCAUUCUGUUUUCUCAGUGAACAGUGUGUUCCCUCCUUUUCACUGAUCAUUUCUCCCAUUCGAUUAAGACCUUGACAGAGUUUUUCAUUUUUACAAGAUUCUCAGGGCAAGUUUUGUUUGUUGGCAGACAUACUGGUAUAGCAAUACUGGAUAUAAAAUGUCAUAUUUUAAAGUAAUUUAAUUUUAGGUGAUCAAAAAAUUAUCAAAAUUAUUUAGACAUAUAGUCAGUAUUCUACUGGGUAAACUACAUCUAUAUAGUGUUUAUUUUGUAACCCACUUACAGAAUUUUAAGAAUGAUGACUAUCUUAAGUACCUAACUUCUCUUUGGUACAUGUCAACAUUUAAUUAAAUAUUUUUAAUUUAGUUUAAAAACAAAGCUUCUCAUAUUUCCCCAAGGAAGUUGCCCGCUUCUAACAUUUCAUUUUGACUACUGAAAUCUUGUGAAAGUGGGUUUUACAAAUUCUAAGUGCAGAUAUCUAGGCUCAGAGGCUCAGCAUGGCUGUGUGAACAAUCUUUUGGCAGAAGUUAGAAAGAGUGAAUGGCAGAAGAAUCAUAUUUGUCAAGUGUGUGAGGGAAGAAUCCUUCACUGAUGAUUUGAAGCUGGGGGAAUAUAUGACAGAUAGUUUGCAUAACAUCUAAUUUGGAACAUUAAAAUUAAGAUUUAACUCAAAUAGUAUUUAAGUUGGUUCUUAUUUUAUCUGCAGUUUCAUUUCUUAAUAUUAGUACAGUGUCCAAAAAGCACGUAAUAAUGAGAAUAAAUGGAACUUCUAUGCUCAUGGACAAAAUGAACCAUUUAGUUGUAAACACAAUGCCAUAUGUCAACAAAGAAAUGAAAAUUCCAAUUUUUAAGUAGAGUUUUCUAAAGCAAAAGUAAUGAAUACAAAAUUAAUAUAACUUUGCUAUAUAUCAGCUAUAACCAAUUAGAAAAUAAACAGAAAAAUUCUGCUUAUAAUAGUAAACUAUAAAAUAGGAAUGGACUUUUUUAGAAAACCUGAAAAACUUAAAUAUUAAGAAUGCACUGUGUUCUUAGAUGGGACAGCUGAAAAUUAUGGAGAUAACAGUUCCUUAAGCGUAAUCGAGCAAAAUCCCAACAGAUUGACAAAUACAUCUGUAUAAAAAAUACAAUAAAACAUCUGUCUUCUGUAAAAACCACUAUAAAUAGUUCAGAGCAAAUACUUACCACUAAAGUAAUGAUUAAAAUAGUUAAUAUAUAAGGUGCUCCUGUGACUCAUUUAGCAACAGAUAACGCAGUAGGAAAAUGGGCAAAUGAUAGAAAUAAGAAAGAAGAAAUAUUAAACUUCUGUAAUGAUCAGAGAAAUGUAAAUUAAAAUGAAACAUUUUUGUUCAUCAAAUUUAUAGAAGUAAAGAAAUUGAUUGUGUCCAGUAUUUGCAAAGGUGGAAGAAUGUGGAAAUAGGUGCUCUCAUGUAUUUCUGGAAGAAAUGUAAGUUAUAGGACCUUUUUGAAGGAAAGUUGACAUCAAAAUUUGAAAUAAACAUACUGUUCAGUCUAUAUUUUCAACAACUCUAAGGAUACUAAUAAAUGUACACUCAGAUGUAUAUACAGAAAUUUCUGUAGCAUUGGUUAUAAUUUUUAGAAAUUGAUAACAGCCUAAAUUUCCAAACAUAGGGGAGCAGUUAAAGAAAAUGUGUCUCAUCUGUACAGUGGGAUAUUAUGAAGGAAUUGAAAAAAAUGGCAAAAUAUCUAGUCUAGAAAGAAGCAAGUCACAAAGUAUAUGUUCUCUAUGAAUUCACUUACAUACAAAAGAACUAUUUUUGCUCAUACCAUAUAUAUAUGCAUAUAUAUGUACAAAGGCAUAGAAAUAAUAUGUGCUAAAUGUUAGUAGACAGGGAGGUAAAUGAGAUUUAUGGAAGGAGACAAGUAAAUUGAGAACUGGUACUCCUGCAUGUUUAAAUAUUUUUUACAGUGAGUAUAUCAACAUAUAAAUUUUAAAGGACUACUCUUAAGCUAUUAGUGCUUUUUUUUUUUAAUUCUCAAUUAUGAAAUAUUUCAAUAUAAGCAAUUAGUAUGUCAGACACUAGUGAAUUCCCACAUUUGACAGAUGUUACAUUUUGCAUUAUUUGUUUAAAGAUCUCCUUCCUUUUAAGUCAAAAAAUCUUAUAAAGCUUAAGUCCCACCUCCCUUUUCUUUCUCCUCACUCAUUUCAGGGAUAGUCACUGUUUUACAGUUGGAGGAUAUUAUCCCCAUACUUGUUUUUAUGCUUUUACCAAAUGUAUAUUAUUCAAAACAUUAUACAGUAUAUGUAACAUAUAUAGCAUGUAUAGAUAUUAAAAAUAUAGUGUAAUAUAUAUAUGACAUAUUAUAUAGUACAAUAUAAUAGCGUAUAUAUAUAAUAGAUAGUACUGUUUUGCAGUUUCAAAUGUUAAGUGAAUGGUGUUAUGCUCCAUGUAUUCUGCAGCUUAGUUUUCAUCAUACAAUAGGUUUUAGAAAUGUAUGUGUAUUGUUGCAGAAAUAUCUAGAUCUUUCACUUUUAUCUUUUAUUCCUUUGUAAGAAUAAACUACAUUGUUUAUCCAUGUCUCUUGAUAAAUAA